AUGCUGUCCGAGAGAUCAUUAGAUGACGUCAUAUGUGGAAUUUGUGGGACUGUCGGUCAAGUGUAUUUUGGAGAUGGUAACAAAAAGAACUGCUGUAGUAUUGAUGCAGUAAGUUCAUUAUUAAAAAAUGUUUUGUUUGCCAUGUUUAUUGUUUUACGUUACUCUGGUUGGCAAUCAUUUUAUAAUCAUGAUUCCUUUUAAUAUUAAAGCACAUGUGUCCUGCGACUGCAGGUUUCGGCUUGAAUUUUUGUCGGAUCUGUAAUAGGUACACAAAAGUGCUGCCAAACAACAUUGCAAUUUUGAUCUGCCAAUUGGUCCCAAUUGAUUGUGCAAUUUGCGGCGGCUUUUUACAAAUUGACUUAAAAUAAAGUUUCCUUUUUUAUAUCGUCUAAAGGUAACUAAUUGUUGCACUUCCCUUCUGAUAUCUUUUGGUCGAAACAUUUUAUUUAUGAGACUAUAAAUAAAUGUUUCGGCAAAAUAUUUCUAUAAGAUUGGCAACUGAAACAAUACAAUAGAUAACCAACUGUAAAAAGGCCAUAUAGCACCAAGCAGGCACUUUGCCCUCAAACGAGUGUCUUGUUAUUUUUAUAUAUAGAUAAAGUAUGAAGAUGAUAAAAGUGAUGAUCAUCUAAGUAUGCCGACGACUCUUGAGGACUUUAUUUCCAGUCUGAAAGAUAUAUGUAUUGAGAAGAUCAUCUUUACAUCUUCAAAUCUUACAACAAAAGUAGAAGCAUCAAAAGUACCACCAAUAAUUGCGCCCAGUCUGAGGGGAGAACGUGUUUAUAAUACUGAACUUCAGAAGAAAAGUGUGUAUCUGGGAAAUAAAAUUUUAAAGAAAGAUGAAAUAAAUGGUGUCUUUUUGUACAUGAAUGCUUCGCAAACAAAUUAA